AUGGCCAAGGAUGCGACGCCUUCCCGACAAUCUGAGCUCGAGUUCGAGAACGCAAACGAGCUACCGAUCGUGACACCAUCGAAUGUGGACGACAGCCAUCUGCUGACAGGCAAGAAGUUAUGCAUCGCAUUCUCAGCAAUGCUACUAGCCCUGUUGCUAAUCGCGCUGGAUCAAACUAUUCUAUCCACCGCUCUGCCGCGUAUCGCAUCAGACUUCAAUGCGUUCACCCAACAAGGCUGGGUCGCCACCUCGUUCGUCCUCACGCAGACCGCUUUCAUCCUCUUCUUUUCUCAAGUCCUUCGCGUCUACCCUGCCAAAUAUGUGCUCAUAGCAUCUGUGGUAAUCUUCGAGGUUGGCUCUGCCUUGAGCGGUGCCGCCCAGGAUGUCAACACCCUCAUUGGCGGACGCGCGCUCUCUGGAGUCGGUGCUGCCGGCAUUCUCACUGGUAUCCUCCAAGUAAUGGCUCAGGCCACCCGGCUAGAGGAUCGACCGACACUCUUUAGCUUCUUCGAAUCAGUAUUCGCGCUUGCCUCGAUCAUUGGACCUCUCAUAGGUGGCGCCCUUACAGACCACGUCACCUGGCGGUGGUGCUUCUACAUCAAUUUACCUAUCGGCGGCGUAUCUAUUGUAGCGAUUACAUUGCUCCUCGACGCUCCACCACCGCUCGGAUCCGAAGGUUAUGAUGGCUCCCCCAGGACCAUGCUGCGGCGUACAUCUGCCUUGGACUGGAUUGGCGCUAUACUCAGUCUCGGCGCCAUCACAAGUCUUGUUCUAGGCCUCCAGUGGGGCGGAAAUGAGAAGGCAUGGAGCAGCGCAGACGUAAUUAUCUGUCUUGUUCUUGCGUUCGUGCUGACUGUUGCAUUUAUCUUCUGGGAGCGCUAUAUGGGAGAUCGGGCUAUGGUCCCAUUGGCCAUCUUUAAAAGCGGCCUCCCCAUUUACUCCAUCUGCAGUUUCGCUAUAUUCAACCGCUUCAUUUAUCUGAUCUUCACAUACUACAUCCCCAUCUACUACCAAGCAGGCCGUCAUCAUUCUGCGAUAAAGAGUGGUGUGGACUUGCUCCCGCUUAUGCUGUCCGUCGUCAUCUCGAUUGUGGUGUCUGGACAAAUUGUCGGUUACACUGGCCGCUACUGGCCAUGGCUUGUCGGUGGACCGAUCUUUGGCGCCGUCGGUGCUGGACUAAUGUACACUGUGACAGCGUCAGCUUCGAAUGGAGCUUUGAUCGGCUACCAGAUCCUCGUCGGCAUCUGUAUCGGUACAACUCUGCAGAAUAUCCUGUUUGCCAUGCAGGCUGAGUUCAAUGACACACCAAAGCUGAUCAGUCAGGCGACUGGCAUGGUUAACUUCUGCCAGUUCCUCGGUGGAACGAUUGGUCUUGCCAUCGCCGAAGCGAUCUUCUCGUCGGAACUUGUGCACAAUUUGCGCAAAUACGCGCCAGAUGCGCCUUUCGCGGUGAUAGAGCAGUCGCCACUGUCUAUCUACAGUGCGGUUCCAGACGCAUUAGUCCCCAACGUCGUACGCGCCUAUGUCAAGUCCCUCUCGAUUGUCUAUGUUAUUGGUGUACCAGCAAGCGGUCUCUCGCUGGUGUUCGCACUUUUCAUAUCGAAUAUCAACAUGAAGAGGAAGCCAGAAACGGACACAGAAAAUAAUGUACCAGAUGAUGAUAACGUGGCUAGAGCGGGCAACAACCCCGACGGACAGCCGCCCAUAACGGAGAAAAGGCGCUCAAGCCAGACUAGUUAA